AUGAAACUUCCAAGCAUACUGUCUUCGACCAUGUCCAGAGAUUAUACACUUGCGGAUGUAUAUGAUGAGAAACACCGACAUGUUGAGGAUGCUCAAUCAACCUCUAUUGAGACCCCGCUAGGGGGAACUAUAAUUCGACCUUUUGUAUCCAAAAGACUUUGCAGGGCAUAUCUUAUCCUUCUACCCAUUGUCUUUGGGCUGGGAAUUGUUCUAGGCUGUACUAGUCUUUCAUUCUUCAAGAGGCCUGAGUUUGUUCCAGGACUACGUCUGAGAACCCCUAUACCCAAAGAGAUCUUUCAGCAGCGACUGAAAAUUCCAUUUGUGCCUGACAACAGAUACUAUGGCAGUGGUGACGCUGUCGAUAAAGCCUGGAAGGAAAUCACAAGCGGAGGUGAUUCCAUCUGGCUACAGAAUCCAUCAGACUACGGCUUAGCCAAGGGUAUUUCUGAUCCUUUGAAUAUUGAUAACACCGAUGAACGGUUCUACGUCUUGUCAAAUCUUCACCAACUUCAUUGUGUUAAUGUUGUUCGACGACGUUUCCGCCACUACGAGUCUCAAAUCAGCCAACCCGUCAACGAAUCAGAGGCGAUUACGGCGGGCUGGACAGAGCAUACUGAUCACUGCUUUGAAUACCUCCGUCUUUCAAUCACAUGUGGAGACUUCCUAGUUAUGGAACCUGCUAGUCCACCGGGAACAGCGCCAGAGCUGACAGCUGGAGGGCUGGGAUGGGGGGUAGUCCACGAAUGCAUUGAUUUUGACGCGUUACGGAAAUGGCAGGCUUUCAAGAGACACGAGUCUGAAAAGUUACUAUCUUAG